UCGAGAAUAAGCCCCAGGAUUAUCUUUCCAUGUGAACUAACACAAUGGACACUGCUAUUAGUGUUUUGGAGGCUGGAGGGAAGGAUAAACUGUUGGAGAAUGUGGAUCUGAGCAGUAAUGAAGAGGCCCAACAUUCUCUGUUUCUAUGGUUGAUUGAUCCCGGCAGACUUAUCAUUUUCUUCAUCAGUCUAUUUUUAAUCUACAACGGCUCUCAGAGAGCAGUGAAGCUUGACCGAGACUCCAAAGAUAACCCAAUGGCUGAAGGAGUACAGGACCUCACGUGUUACCAUGUGGUGCUCAUGCCCGUCAUCGGCUCUGUCAUGCUCCUCACAAUGUUCUACUUCUUUGAGUACAUUCAAUACGUGUACAUCAUUAUGUGUGUUGUUGUGUCAGUCACAGCCUUCAUUAACUUCAUCUACCCUCUUCUCACAUGGACCCAAGACAAGUUGCAGCUCAGAGACGAUCGUCUGCCUCUACUGACGGCUGUUGUACUAUCAAUCACCAUGGCAACAGCAUGGGUCCUCACGGGACACUGGUUGUGUUUAGAUGCUCUAGGCAUGGCUCUGAGUGUGAUGAUGAUCCAGUUUGUACGAGUGCCCAGUUUAAAGGUGGCCACAUUACUGCUACUGGGGCUGCUCGUCUAUGACAUCUUCUGGGUUUUCUACUCUACUUCUAUCUUCAACGCCAACGUCAUGGUAGAGGUUGCCAUCAAGAAGGCGGACAAUCCUGUGGCAAUGAUGGGGGAGAAGCUGAAUCUACCGAGUCUGAUCAAGUCACGACCCCCUCUCUCCAUCCCUGGCAAACUGAUAGUACCAAGCUUCUUUCAAGACAAAUCCUUCGCCAUGUUAGGACUAGGAGACAUUGUGUUGCCAGGGCUGUUGCUGUGCUUUGCCAUGAGGUUCGACAGUGAGAGUAGGUCAGUCAAUCUCCAUGGCUCCGCCCACAGUGGUGGGGGGCUCACGAGGUACAUCCUACACUGCAGGAGGUGGUCCUACUUCACCGUGGCAAUGAUUGGAUAUGCCAUCGGACUGGUGACAGCUGGUCUGAUAGCUGACCUGUUUCGAGCGGCUCAGCCCGCCCUCCUCUACCUGGUGCCAGGUGUCCUGAUUCCACUGUUUGUCAAGGCCAUCUUACAGGGUGACUUUCGAGCCAUGUGGGCGGGGCCAUUCACAAAACCACCCCUCAUAUCCUUGGAAACGGACAAGAGAGGUUACCAUCGCCUGGGACAGUACUCGUCAUCAAUACUACCGUCAUAAUCACUAGCUCUCAACCCCUUCAUUACUAUGCUGUACGUGUUGUCAAGAGCCCAUGGGCUCCUGGUGUUAUUUAUACAUGUAUUUUUUGAUUGUG